CCGAUUCUGGUCUGCUAGACGCCUGUGGGAAACACUCACUCGACCUACACCCAAACUUUGCAUCUUCAGAUACCCCGAAAUGCAAUUUCAGUUCACCAGCAAGGAGGAAAUAAAGACCUACAAUACAAGAGCGCAGUUGCUCCAGGCAAAAAUGCCAGCGACCCUUCCUCGGGGCAAGGAGACCCACCGUCCCCUGGGGAGCAUCUGGCUCGGGCACCCGGCGCUCCGAGCGAAGCCAGCACGGUGCAGGAGAAACGAAGACCAGCAAUUGAUUGCCAGAUGCUUUUAAAUCAGUUGAGAGAGAUAACAGGAAUUCAAGACUCAGCCUUCCUUCACGCAGCUCUAAAGGCUGCUAAUGGAGACCUAAUGGAAGCAGUCGGCUUCCUCACGGAGGAGCACGCUCAGGAGCCCACGCAGAACGCUGCUGCUGCCGAACCAUCCACCUGGGAAGGGAGCGCUGCGGGCAAACAGCUUCCGCCAAAUGGCACUGCACUUACCCCUAGCAACAAAGACGACCUCCAGGCAGUCGUUGCUUUCAGCGUGCUAGAAUCACCAAAAGCUCAAGCUGCAGAAAGAGAAGUGGAAAGAGCACAGGAAGCACAUCCCGCUGAGAACAAAAAUCGCUCCAAAAGGAAACGCUGUGAGGUUUGGGGAGAGAAUCUCAAACAGAAUGACUGGAGAAGAGUGGGUGACUGGCCCGUUGGAAUGAAAAACAUUGGAAAUACAUGUUGGUUUAGUGCUGUCAUACAGUCUCUCUUCCAGUUGCCAGAAUUUCGGAGGCUGGUCCUUGGCUACUCUCUCCCACAAAGUGUGCUUGAGAAUUGUCGAAGUCGCACGGGAAAAAGAAAUAUUGCAUUCAUGCAAGAACUUCAGUGUCUGUUUGCUUUAAUGCUGGGGACACAUCGUAAGUUUGUAGACCCUUCGGCAGCAUUGGAGCUUCUAAGGGAUGCAUUUAGAUCAGCUGAAGAACAACAGCAAGAUGUCAGUGAAUUCACACACAAACUACUGGAUUGGCUGGAGGAUGCAUUCCAGCUUGCUGUGGAUGUCAACAGCCCUGGGGACAAAUCUGAAAACCCAAUGGUACAGCUUUUCUAUGGGACUUUCUUGACUGAGGGUGUCCACGAGGGCAAUACUUUUUCCAAGAUUGAAACCUUUGGUCAGUAUCCCCUUCAGGUAAAUGGUUAUCGGAACUUGAAUGAGUGCUUGGAAGGAGCCAUGGUAGAGGGGGAGAUGGAUGAGGAGACAGCAGCUCAGUCAGUGAAAUAUGGACAGGAGCGCUGGUUUACAAAACUCCCACCAGUGUUGACCUUUGAACUCUCCCGAUUUGAGUUCAAUCAGUCCCUAGGACAGCCAGAGAAAAUUCACACCAGGCUAGAAUUUCCCCAGACUAUUUAUAUGGACAGGUACCUCUACAGCAGUAAAGAGCUUAUUCAGAUGAAAAGAGAAGAAAUCAAGAGAUUAAAGGAGAAAAUAGUGAUUCUGCAGCAGAAACUGGAAAAGUACCUGAAAUACGGCUCUGGCCCAACUCGCUUUCCACUACCUGACAUGCUCCAGUAUGUUCUUGAAUUCAUCACUACAAAGCCAGCUGUUGUUAUUUCUUCUGCUCAUGACUCCCGGACAACAGUCCUGCAGUCCCAAGCUGAAUCUCAUGUUUUGGACAGGCUUUCACAGCAGAACAGUAUACCAGAGACAAAGAAUACUAAGACGACUGAAGAUACAGCUUUCUUUUUGGCAAAUUCUUCACCACAACAAAAACUGAGUACACCACUCCAGUCUUCUGAUUCACCAGCAGAAAUAUCUGACCGCCCGGCUCCUCACAUGGUUUCCGAGGAAGAGAUGAACCUUGUUAGGACAUGUCUGCAGCGAUGGAGAAAUGAGAUUGAACAAGACAUGCAAGAUUUGAAAGACUCUAUGGCCAGAAUCAACCUAUCCAUUGAACAAAUGUACUGUGAUCCUCUCCUCCAACAGGUUCCCUAUCGUUUGCAUGCAGUCUUGGUUCAUGAAGGGCAAGCAAAUGCCGGUCAUUACUGGGCCUACAUAUACGACCAGCCUCGAAAAAGCUGGCUCAAGUACAAUGACAUCUCGGUGACAGAAUCAUCGUGGGAAGAGCUGGAGAGAGAUUCGUUUGGAGGCUUGAAGAAUGCCAGUGCCUACUGUCUGAUGUACAUAAGUGAUAACGUGUCCCACUUUGUUGCAGAUGAGGAUGAUGAUUCAGAGGUUGGACAGUUUCAGAAAGAAGUUGAAGCCUUGCCCCCAGAACUGAAACAUUACAUUCAAGAGGACAACUGGCGACUCGAGCAGGAGGCAGAAGAGUGGGAAGAGGAGCAGUCGUGCAAGAUUCCUCAGAUUGAGCCCUCACCUGCUUUUGAAUCUCAGGACCUCUCUUCUGAGUCAGGACCAGAUCAGUCUUCAGUCUGUGAGCAGAGCAUGCGUUCGCUGUCCUCCGAGCAUGCCAUGAUCGCGAAGGAGCAGACUGCCCAGGCCAUUGCGAACACAGCUGAUGCCUACGAGAAGAAUGGCGUAGAGGCGGCUCUCUGUGAGGUGAUGCUGAGUCCAGCCAUGCAAGGUGUGAUCCUCGCUAUUGCAAAAGCCCGCCAGACCUUUGAUCGAGAUGGGUCUGAAGCAGGGCUUGUUAAGGCGUUCCAUGAGGAAUACUCCAGACUCUAUCUGCUUGCAAAAGAGACCCCAACCCCUCAGAAUGAUGCCCGGUUGCAGCAUGUGCUCAUUUACUUCCUGCAAAACAAUGCUCCCAAACAGGUUGUGGAGCGGACCCUUCUUGAGCAGUUUGCAGAUAAAAACCUCAGCUAUGAUGAAAGGUCAAUUAGCAUUAUGAAGGUAGCACGAGCGAAGCUGAGAGAAAUUGGCCCUGACGAUGUUGAUAUGGAGGAGUAUAAGAGAUGGCACGAAGACUACAGUCUUUUUCGCAAGGUGUCUGUUUACCUGCUUACAGGAUUGGAGCUGUACCAGAAUAGAAAGUACCAGGAGUCGCUGACCUACCUGGUCUACGCCUACCAAAGUAACACCACGCUGCUGAUGAAGGGACCCAACAGAGGAGUGAAUGAAUCCCUGAUUGCCUUGUACAGAAGAAAAUGUCUCCUGAAGCUGAACGACGUGGCAGCAUCUCUGUUUGUGAGCAGUGAAGACGCCCGCGUGGCAGAGGGCAUUAACAUCCUGAAUGAGCUGAUCAUCCCCUGCAUGCACCUCAUCAUUAACAACGACAUCUCAAAAGAUGACCUGGAUGCCAUUGAGGUCAUGAGAAACCGCUGGUGCUCCUAUUUGGGACGAGAAGACAUGGACGCAAACCUGCAGCUGAAGCUGGGCGAAUUGCUCCCCAGGCUCCUUGACUGCUCCGCGGAGGUUAUCGUGCUCAAAGAGCCCCCGAAGAUCCGGCCCAACUCCCCCUACGACCUCUGCAGCCGCUUUGCAGCCGUGAUGGAGUCCAUUCACGGGGCCUCAACGGUGACUGUAAAGUAGAUGGCUGACUUCGCAGCUUGCCGUGGUAUACUGUAAGGCACCCGACUGCACAGAAUCCUUCCGUCAGGCAAUAUCUCGAUGGGAGAGGGAGGAGGACAGGUGAUUCGUAUUCAGACCUGUAUCUUUGUGUAUAUAUGAAUGAAUAAAAAGCAGUAUUGCACUUUUAAGAUAAAAUGUUAUGUGAUAAUGCAAAGGACGUGAACCACUGUAGUAAUACAACACAGUUAAGUAUCUGGCAAUGCCAUCUGCCUUUUAUCCCCAAGACUGUACCAGAAGGUUAUUCUGUUCUGGCAACUUUCUAGACCGUCCAGCAGGCAAAAUCCCUGGGACUGUGAAAAUAGCAGAGCAAGAGACUGGUUCAUCUGGUGAGCCAAGCUGUUAACUGUCAUUUAUCUGUCAAAGACAUUUACAUCUUCCUAAAUUAUAUAUAAAAGCUAUCAAAGAUUAUCAAUUCGGAUCUUGCCAAGCUACUGCUCGCAGAGGUCUGGAUUGCGUGACCAGGGAGCAGAGAGGAACGAUGGCUCACAGGGUAUAUAAUGUGGGCAGUCAUGCAUGCAGCUGCAUAUUUUCAUUGAGUGAAGGCAGACAGGCCUUUGCCUUUUGUGCUUUAACUGGCAAAAGAAAAUAUGCAGGACCCUUCCUCUGAGAAAGGCAAAAGCAAAUAACGGCAGUGCCAGGAGACAGGACAGAGCUUUAAAGAUUGUCUCCUGCACAAUUGUGCUGCAGUGAUAGCAUACUAGUUAAAGUAAGUACCCCCCCAAAGGAAAUUCCCCUCUUGGAUCUGAAAAUAAACAAUUUCUCCCCUCUGGUGGAUUUUUAAUGUUGGAUUGGUGAUGAUGAUAACUACAAAGGCUAGAAUCAGCUCUUAGGUUUCUUAUUAUCCCUCUGUAAAAAUGUGCCCCGUUUGAAUUUCCUUUUCCAGGCAGCCUGUAAUUACAUUUGAACUAUGGCAGUUGUUUCAACCAAAUGUUCUGAGUAAGUGGAGGGGGGAAUCCUGUUUGUUAGGACUAUGCAGGUUUUAUAAAAGUGCAAUAAAAGCAUUUGUUCUAUUUUAGAAUGAAA